AUGAGGAAGGCAGACAGAUUCGUCGAUGUCAUAACGCGAGUGGAUGGGGUUAAAUAUGCGGAGUUGGUGCUGGUCAAAGAGCUUGACCGCGAAUCCCGCGCUUUUUUCGCGCUCAAACUCGUGGCGGCAGACGGCGGGAAUCCGGGGAAAAGCGGCGCCACUAAUGUCACCGUCAAAGUGAAGGAUGCUAAUGACAACAGCCCACUGUUUGACCACAGCCAUUACUCUGUGGAUGUGCCAGAGGACACCCCGGUUGAUUCGCUACUGCUGGACUUGAACGCUCUCGAUCCGGACGAAGGUCUCAAUGGACAGGUCAUGUAUGAAUUUGGCAAACAAGUCACAACAGAGAUCAGACAGCUAUUUAAACUGGAUUACAAAACUGGACAUUUGACAUUGCAGAGCCCUGUGGAUUACGAAGACGAGACCACGUAUGAAAUUGACGUGCAAGCCAGCGAUUUAGGUCACAAUCCUGUGCCCUCGAUGUGCAAAAUCAUCAUCAACAUCAGAGAUGUGAACGACAACCCGCCUGAAAUCAUCAUCACGUCCAUCACGUCAGUAACAGAUGGUGUUGCGCAUGUUAGCGAAGCUACAGGUCAAGACAUCCUGGUGGCUUUAAUCGGCAUCAAAGACAAGGACACUGGAGCGAACGGGCAAAGCGUUCACUUUAGCGUCGAUGUCAUAACGCGAGUGGAUGGGGUUAAAUAUGCGGAGUUGGUGCUGGUCAAAGAGCUCGACCGCGAAUCCCGCGCUUUUUUCGCGCUCAAACUCGUGGCGGCAGACGGCGGGAAUCCGGCGAAAAGCGGCGCCACUAAUGUCACCGUCAAAGUGAAGGAUGCUAAUGACAACAGCCCACUGUUUGACCACAGCCAUUACUCUGUGGAUGUGCCAGAGGACACCCCUGUUGAUUCGCUACUGCUGGACUUGAACGCUCUCGAUCCGGACGAAGGUCUCAAUGGACAGGUCAUGUAUGAAUUUGGCAAACAAGUCACAACAGAGAUCAGACAGCUAUUUAAACUGGAUUACAAAACUGGACAUUUGACUUUGCAGAGCCCUGUGGAUUACGAAGACGAGACCACGUAUGAAAUUGACGUGCAAGCCAGCGAUUUAGGACACAAUCCUGUGCCCUCAAUGUGCAAAAUCAUCAUCAACAUCAGAGAUGUGAACGACAACCCGCCUGAAAUCAUCAUCACGUCCAUCACGUCAGUAACAGAUGGUGUUGCGCAUGUUAGCGAAGCUACAGGUCAAGACAUCCUGGUGGCUUUAAUCGGCAUCAAAGACAAGGACACUGGAGCGAACGGGCAAGUGAGCUGCACUCUGAACGGCGGACAUGGAAACUUCAGGCUUAAAAGAGCGUAUGAAGGGAGCUACACGAUAGUCACGAUGGCUCCUCUGGAUAGAGAGAAGAUCGCGGAGUAUAAUUUGACUAUAGUGGCUGAGGAUUUCGGUGUACCGCCGUUACGCACGGUAACUCAUUACAUUAUACGGCUUACAGACGUCAACGACAAUGCUCCGACAUUCAGCGCUAAGAUAUAUGAAGGUUUCAUUGAGGAGAAUCAACUUCCAGGUACCUACAUCACUACGAUUUUAGCCAGCGAUCAGGAUUCUGGGCUUAACGGGGAAAUAACCUAUGAGCUUUUUGACUCGGACACCAACAGCGUCUCCAGGUUUGCUAUUAUGAAUCAAGCGGGAAACGUUUACGCCUUGCAAAGUUUUAAUUACGAAGUCACGAAGCGGCUAGAUCUUCGCGUCCAGGCCAGCGACCGAGGAUGGCCGCAACUUCACAACAACGCUGUACUGAUUAUCAAUGUGGUCGAUCAGAACGACAACGUGCCUUCGAUAUCGCAACCGCCACUCGUCAACGGAUCUGCCGAAAUCCAGCUUCCUAAAGACGCGCCACCCGGUUAUAUCGUGACCCGAAUCGUGGCGAAAGAUUCAGACGCCGGUUUGAAUGCGGAGCUCACUUACAAACUCUACGAUGGAGGCGAUUUCGGUUUCGCCAUCGAUCCGAAUACGGGGGAAAUAUACAUCAACCGCAAAAUCGCUUACGACGAGUACGAUUUAUGGAAAGUCUUAGCGACGGUUAACGAUAACGGCCACCCGUCGCUAACCUCAACAGCUACGAUUCAUUUCACCCUAACUGAGUCUGCGCCCUCAAACGGCAAUUUUUAUGACGAAAGAGAGGACGGCGAACCAAAACAAUGGACGCUUAUUUUAAUCUUGGCUUUGACGAGUUCCUCGCUGCUGUUUUUGGCUAUUUUAUCGUUCAUACUAUGCAAAAGUCGCAAAAACGGUCAGAAGAGACAAGCUAACCUCCCAGACGCAGUGGAUAUUCCUUACGCUAAAGAGCACAACGCCGUGUCGAUGAUCUCCUGCCAGACUGCCAAUGUGUUCGACACGCAUGCAUUUCACUCCACGACUGCCAUUGGCACACCUGAGAAACUACACAACAGCGUGCAGGCGACAGGCGAAGUUUUUAACGAAACCCCACAGACUUUCAAGAGCAAAUACAGGAGUGUGGCGGGGGAAAUAGAUGGAUACUCCACUUUGCCUGGUUAUGGUAAAGACAACGCUCGACCCAUCACGGUCUGGAAAGGAAAUUCUAUGAUGACCAUCGCAGUCAGAGACCCACAGAUCAGCGGCAAAGACAGCGGAAAAGGAGACAGUGAUGCUAAUGACAGUGAUUCUGACAUCAGUGAAGGCCUCAAGAAAGACUACACGUCAUAUAAAGGUCUGUGGGCUUGCACCAGUGAGUGCAGGAUCCUGGGUCACUCGGACAGAUGCUGGAGCCCGUCUGUGAGCGUUAAUAGCAGACAUCUGUCGACCUUCUCAAGGACGAGGCCGUCCUCACAGGCCACGCUUCAGAGGAGCAGUUACGACACGCAGACCAACAGAAGCGUGGCCUUGCACAGCCUUACAGAAGACCAGCAGAGUCAGUACGAUUACAUUCACGUCUGCUCUCCACAGUCACAGCGGAGACAAGACUCGGAGAACAUAGUCUUCACACACUCCACCAAACCCAUCGCCACAGAGAGUCCCGGCAGAUUUACAGAAGCCUGAUACCUCAGUCUGAUACUGGCAUAUACUGUAAUAAUCUUGCUGUACAUAUUAUCUUUAACUGCAUU